UUCAAAGAUCACCAAAAAAGUUCAGUCUCCUAAUUUUUUUUGUGCCUUUGCCGAAUACAUUGUCGGUACGCUAAAAUGGAUACUGCGCAAGUACGAGAGGCCAAGGAGACGAUGGACGUGCUCUUUGAAAUGUCCAAGCUACUCGACACGGGACUGGACCGCGAGACGCUGGCCAUCUGCGUGUCGUUGUGCGAAUCGGGCGUCAAUCCUGAGGCGCUUGCUGCCGUGGUCAAGGAGCUGCGACGCGAGUCUCGCGCCGUGUCCGAACGAUGACCCGUCUCUGGCGUGUUAAAACUAACGAUGAUGUAGAUUUGCUUGAUGUAGUUUUGAUAGUGUGCGUUAAUCUUAAUUUGAUAGUCUGGGG